AUGACACAACAACAGUGGAAUCUCAUCGUUGGUGACCUUUUCAAGGUCAAAGACGACUAUGGGAUCUAUGAAGACAUGGUGCAAGAACUAAUUAUGUGGCUAUGCAGCAAGACACGUGUGCUCGCCAUCCUCUGCGAAAUACAGAUGGCGACAAUCGGAAAGAUGCUCGCAGUUCUCAGGGCAGUGCUGACGUGUUGGAUGUCUCAUUAUCUUGCCUAUCGCCGCCUCCUUGAGCUUUGUCCUGCCAUCAAAUUGCUCGUAACGAAGCAUGAAGCUCAUUUGAUAUCAGGUGGAGAUGCAUGCUCACGCAGAAAGACUCAAACAGCCAUUGCAACAAUCAAAAACGCAACAUUUUGGCAUGCAUUGGCACGGUACGGUUCAAAAAUAAAUGUAAAAAUCGGAACCAAUGCUCUCUGUAGAUGGAAAACAUUGCUGGAGCCAAUUUCCCUCAUGAUGAAUGUUCAUCAAGCAGCCCAGGCAAGACCCUGA